GCCAGACUCGCAUCGUCACGUCACAAUCCGCCAACUUGUUGGCUGGCACGCCUUGAAAUAGAUGAAUUGCCGUUGUAUAAUAAAAGCUACCAGGCAUUGAGUUUCUGAGAUUCCAGUAUCGACUUUUAAUAAUUCCAUUGACCCUUCGCCCACUGCGUUCCCUGACUUCCAGUUCAUUUCGUCGUUUUGUCACCUUCGCAUUUGCAUCCGAAACCAAUCGACGACAAUGUUUACAGCCCGUUUCCCGUCGCGAGUAGCCCCCGCCGCCCGCAAUGCCCGGGUCCUCCGAGCGCGGCAAACGCAGCGCCGCUUCCAAUCCUCACAAGCCGGAGCGACCGGGCAAUCCCACUUCGCAUCGGGCGUCGUCGGCGGCGUCGUGGGCGCGGGGCUGCUUUACGGCAUCUACCUGAUGACGCCCACCGGCAAGAUGGCCCGCAAGAUCAAUGCGGCAGCGAGGGAAACCGACAAAAAAUAUCAGGAGGCCGCGGCCACGAUACGAGACAAGACGCCCACGACAGACGAGGCGGUCAACAAGCUCAAGCAGUUCUGCUACUCUUACGUCGCGUGGGUGCCCGGGGGCCGCCAGUAUGUCGACACGGCAUUCAAUGACCUCGCCGCCAUCCGCGAGAGCCACGGCGAGGAGGUGGACAAGAUUGUCAGCGAGUCCUACCGCGAGUUUCAAGACAUUGCGAGCACCGGGUUGAGUAUCGAGUCGGCAUCUAAGGCAUACGACGCGAUCGCCAACCUCGCCAAGAAGAUUGCCAACCUCAGCGGCAGCGCGGCCGACCAUAUCCUCGAGCGUCACCCGCAGCUCAACGACAAGGUGGGCGGGCCGAUCAAGCAGCUGAAGGAGAUGGGCGCCCAGUACGGACCCGAAGCCAAGAGGUUGGCAGACCAGACAUGGACCCAGGUCAACGACGUCAUGUCGAGUGGGUUCUCGGCCGAGAACGUAGACAAGGUGCGCAAAAUCGUGGAGGAGCGGACGCAGCAGAUCCGCAAGAUCGGCGACGGCCUCUGGGACAAGGGCCUGGAGCAAGCGCGGCCGUAUCUCGACAAGAACCCGCGGCUCAAGGAGCUGGUCACGGGGAACCAAGACCUCCUCAAAAAGGAGAAUGUGGCCGGUCUGUUUCAGCAGAUCAAAGACCUCGGGGAGCGCGGCGACAUGGGCAAGCUAGAAGACUAUGUCAAGCAGACGGUCGAUAAGGCCAAGGCCAAGGGCUCGGAGGCCACCGGCGGAGGCACAGGGUUUGCGGCAUUAACUCAGUUGUUGGGCACGGCCUCAGACGAUGCCGGUCGCAAGCUGCAGGACCACAUCGGGGUGCUGAGCGAGGUCGCGAGCAAGCACUCCUCCGAGGGCAAGGAGCUGGUGGAGGAGACCAAGAACGAGCUGAGGAAUUUGUUGGAGGAGAAAGCCAAGAAGGCACAAAAGAUAGCAGACAGCGCCAAGAAGGAGGCCGAGUAGGUCAAGCUCGGCCGAGCAAGAGCCUUCAUGGAAUGGUUAAUGUAGCGUUUGCACCGUGGCAUGUUCGCAUCGAAUAAGCCCCAGACCAACCCUCAUGUCUUCUCUCCCUACACUACCCACUCGCCCUAGAGGAAUCAAAGCUCGACUCUAAACGUGGGCGUUACUCGUACCAAACCUAGAGUAAUUACAGUUUUCGGCCCGUGACGUAAUUAACGAUGAUAAGACAGUCUCAACUGCCAAGUUCUGAGGCCG